AUGCGACAUCCCUACUUUAAGCACAUACCCACCAGCUCAUACACGCAUCACCAGAAGAGUCUGGUGAUCGACUAUGGUUCAAAGGACAUUUUCGUAAGUUGGACCCACUUCGGCCACUUCAAGCUUGGCAUGACUCACACGCACCCUGUGCUGCAGGCUUUCGUGGGCGGCAUCGACCUCACGUGGGGCAGAUGGGACACGAGCGAUCACAGCAUCACCGACUACAACCGCCUGGCCCAGUUCUGGCCGGGCAAGGACUACUGGAACCAGGAGGAGCCCAGCUUCAAGGAUCCCUACACCGAUAUUCUGGACCGUGACCACGAACCUCGCAUGGCCUGGCACGACAUCCACAUGUCCGUGGCAGUGGCCAUGGCGACCAGCAGAGCGCCGCACUCAGCCACGCCGGCACUGUUGAGCAGGGAAGAUGGGCUGCCGGUGCUCGAGCCCCUGCGCAACCCCUUUCGACGGGAGGUGGAGGUCGACCCCGACUUGCAGUACCGGCUGGCCAACAAGAAGAGUCUGCGCCCGCUCCCACAGGAGCGCAAGGCCGAGUUCGAGGCGGCGGCCAAGAUGAUGAACAAGCACGGGCGCCACAACGGGAUCGUCCAGAAGCUGCAGAAGCACUGGCACAGCCGCAGGCAGCAGCGCGCGGCACGGCGCAAAGCCCACGGCCGCCUGCGGAUGCUGCGGAGGCGCCUCCAUAACCGCGUCGUGCGCGCAGUCCUUCGGUUCCUCAAGGGUGUGCGGAAAGUGGGCGGCCUGCCGUUCCGCAAGUUCAGGACCAAGGCCAAGAUCGAGGAGCGCAGGGAGAAGGAGCACAUCAAGCGCAACCGGAUGGAGAUGAUGGACGCGAUCAUUCACGAGACGCACGAGGAGGAAAAGCACAAGAGCGCCCUGCAUCGAAAGCGGGAGAAGCGGAUCAGUACAGAGGUGGAGCCGAGCGAGGCCGAACAGCAGCACGAGAAGGUCAUCGAGAAGGAGCGCAGCGAGAAGGGCACGGGCUCGUCGCUCACCUCGUCGCAGGAGAGCAAUCCCGACAAAUUGGAAGACGAAGUGGAAGGCGCCGAGCAUCUGGAAGCCCACGACAGCGCCGGCCAUGCCGCCCAGGAAAAGGGCAAGGAGAAGGUCAAUGACGAAGAGCACGGCGCCGAUGACGACACUACCACCGGCCAGAGUGGUCAUGGCGACCAGCAGAGCGCCGCACUCAGCCACGCCGAAGAAAGGAAGAUGAAGAAGGAGAAGAAAAGGGAGGAGAAGAUGCAGAAGAAGGAGCGCAAGGGUAAGGAGAAGCUCGACAGGCACCACAGCGUGGAGGGUCACCACAGCCACACAGCCGCGGAAUCGGACGUCGAGCCGACUCGCGACGGGCAUCACCACCGGGGCCAUCACUCUGAGGCGCCGACCGACGCCGUAGGGGCCUCCACGGCCACAGACGCAGCCGAGACCGCGAGCGUGGCGAGUUCGGACAGACCGAGGCGGCUCCAUGGCCUGCUCGGCCGACAGCAGACCAAGAUGCGGCUGUGGGAGGAGACGGAGAAGGACAAGUGGGCCAGCCUACGCAGGAAAUGGGGCGCCAAGCGUGCGAGCCAAAGCGCCAGGGCUCUGGACCUGUGGAGCUUCGCCCUGACCAAGGCACUCCCCAUGCGGAUACACAAUGCGCUGCAUCAGACGCCGCCACUCCCGUACCCACAGACCUCACCCGAGGCGGUCAAGUGCCGCUGCCAGCUCAUCAGGUCCAUCGGCAAAUGGAGCGGCGGCAAUCGACUCGAGCAGUCCAUCCAGGAAGCCUACGUGAGCAUGAUCCAGAGAGCGAAGCAUUUCAUCUACAUCGAGAACCAGUACUUUAUCUCCACUGUCGACAAUCACGGUCCGUGUAACCAAAUCAGUGCAGCGCUGGUGGCGCGCCUCGCCCGGGCGAUGCGGAACAAGGAGCGAUUCUUGGUGACGGUCGUCAUUCCCAUCACGCCGUCCAUGGCUCCUGCGGAGGACCUCAAAACCCGAAUCAUCACCAAACUGCAAUACAAGACUAUCAGGGAAGGGAAGCGAUCCAUUUUCGCGGCCUUGCACAAGCAGCUCGGAGUGGGCGAAGCGGAGAUCCGCAAGUACUUCCGCGUGAAUGCGCUGCGCAAUUACGGGUACAUUCUGGGCUGCCCUGUCACCAACCAGGUCUACGUCCAUGCCAAGUUGAUGAUCAUCGAUGACUGCGAGGCCAUCAUCGGUUCAGCGAACAUCAACGACAGAAGCAUGGAGGGCGAUAGGGACAGCGAGCUGGCCGUGUGGGUGGAGGACACGGACACGGUCAAUGGCAUGAUGGCGGGCCAGGACUUCCGGGUGGGCAAGUUCGUACAUUCUCUCCGCAUGAACCUGUGGCGCGAGCACCUCGGGCUGCAGGAGGACAUCAAGGAGGUCGAGCUCAAGGACGAGCGACACCGGGCCGUCGGCUCCAAGCACCAGCACGGCCCCGAGGAGCGCGUAAGGCAGGAGAGGCGGGCCAUCGACAAGCUCAAGCAGUGGACCAGCAUGAAGUUCCCCAUCUCGGCGGCGGCGAAGGAGGAGAAGAAGAAAAAGAAGAAGGAAAAGAUGGAGCAGAAGGUGAAGAGGACCGACAGCCGGAGCAGCAGCCGCGCGAGCCACAGCAGACGGGAGAGCGAAAGUGAGAGCGAAAGCGAACGCUCUGUCGGCGAUCGAAGCGUACGACGGGCGAGCGACACCGACACCGAAAGCGAAAGCAGAGCGUCCACGACAGCGAAGGAGAAGAAGGAGAGGCGUAGCGCCGACGAGCCGCGGUUCCAGGAGGAGGGUGGUGCCGCGGCUCACCUGUCGCGCAAGGAAGACAAGAGAAGAGCUGAAAAGGCGAGGGAAAAGAUGCGGAAGGAGGCCAAGGCCGCGCGCGAGCGGGAGCAGAAGCUCAUCAAGAAGGAGAGGAAGGAGCGCGAGAAGCAGGAGCGCAAGCUCAUGAAGCGCAACAAGAGCAAGCACUCUUCGUCCGAGUCGGAGCUCGACGGCGAGGAGCGCGAGCGCAAGGCGGAGAAGAAUACGGCGCAGUUGGUCGAGAUCCUCUGCGACCCGCUGUCCGACGAAGCCGUGCAGCUGUGGGAUCACGUGGCCGAGGCCAACACGCGCAUCUACGAAGAGGUCUUCCCGUACAUCCCCCAGAACUCGAUUGCCACGCUCACCGAGAGCUUCGCGCUCAAGAAGGCCUUCGAUGAGGAGAAGACGACAUGGAACCAACAGAAGCUCGAUGCCAUCAGGGAGCGAUUGGGACAGGUGCGCGGGCACCUGGUCGAGUACCCGCUGCGCUAUCUGGUGGCGGAGAAGAUGCUGCCCAACCCGGUGAGCGACCCCGUGUUGUCCGUAAUGAAGCAGGCCUUCUGGUGA